CCCUCUCCUACUCCCCCUGCUCCUCCCCCUCCUCCUCUCCUGUACCUUCUACCCCUCCUCCUCCUCCUCCUCCACCUCCUCCACCUCCUGUUCCUCCUCCUCCUCUUCCUCCUCCUUCAGCUCAGGUUGCAGCCACUCGGGGAGCCGCUCACCUUUCCGGGCUGGAGAGGCCGCCCUGGGCGCGGGCAGGGACCCAGCGGGGCGGGCAGGCAGUCGCGCCCCCCAGCCGGCGCGGGCGGGAGCUGGGCGCUGCGGCCAGGACACCCGCUGCCUCUGAGGACCAUGAACAAGAUGAAGAACUUCAAACGCCGCUUCUCGCUGUCGGUGCCACGCACGGAGACCAUUGAGGAGUCGCUGGCAGAGUUCACAGAGCAGUUCAACCAGCUGCACAACCUGCGCAAUGACAACCUACAGCUCGAUCCUCUUGGGAGAGACCCUCGGCUGGAGUGUGGCAGCCUCUCCCCCACAGACAGUGGGGAGGACCCCGGGCAGCCACCCCCAGGCCUGCAGUAUCGGCGGCAGAACCAGCGCCGCUUCUCCAUGGAGGACAUCAGCAAGAGGCUGUCCCUGCCCAUGGACAUCCGCCUGCCCCAGGAAUUCCUGCAGAAGCUUCAGCUUGAGAGCCCAGACCUGCCCAAACCACUCAGUCGUAUGUCUCGGCGUGCCUCUCUGUCAGACAUUGGCUUUGGGAAACUGGAAACCUACGUGAAAUUGGACAAACUGGGCGAGGGCACCUAUGCGACCGUCUUCAAAGGGCGAAGCAAGCUAACGGAGAACCUGGUGGCCCUGAAGGAGAUUCGGCUGGAGCAUGAGGAGGGGGCCCCCUGUACUGCCAUCCGGGAGGUGUCUCUGCUCAAGAACCUGAAGCACGCCAAUAUCGUGACACUGCAUGACCUCAUCCAUACUGAGCGCUCCCUCACGCUGGUGUUUGAGUACCUGGACAGUGACCUGAAGCAGUACCUGGACCACUGUGGGAACCUCAUGAGCAUGCACAAUGUCAAGAUCUUCAUGUUCCAGCUGCUCCGAGGCCUAGCCUACUGCCACUGCCGCAAGAUCCUGCACCGAGACCUGAAACCCCAGAACCUGCUCAUCAAUGAGCGUGGGGAGCUGAAGCUGGCUGACUUCGGACUGGCCAGGGCCAAGUCAGUGCCCACAAAGACCUACUCCAAUGAGGUAGUGACCUUGUGGUACAGGCCCCCCGAUGUGCUGCUGGGGUCCACCGAGUACUCCACCCCCAUCGAUAUGUGGGGCGUAGGCUGCAUCCACUACGAGAUGGCCACAGGGAGACCCCUCUUCCCUGGCUCCACAGUCAAGGAGGAGCUGCACCUCAUCUUCCGACUCUUGGGGACCCCCACGGAAGAGACUUGGCCAGGGGUAACGGUGCUGUCGGAGUUCCAAGCCUACAACUUUCCCCGAUACAUCCCUCAGCCACUCAUCAGCCACGCUCCCAGGUUAGACACUGACGGCAUCAACCUCUUGACCAACCUCCUCCUGUAUGAGUCCAAGAGUCGACUGUCAGCUGAGGCAGCCCUGAGCCACCCCUACUUCCGGUCUCUGGGAGAGCGCGUGCACCAACUGGAAGACACUGCCUCCGUGUUCUCUCUGAAGGAGAUCCAGCUCCAGAAGGACCCGGGCUAUCGGGGUCUGGCCUUCCAGCAGCCAGGACGAGGGAAGAACCGACGCCAGAGCAUCUUCUGAGGCAGGAUCCUCCGAUUUGGCCUGUGGGAGAGGUGGCAUGGAGCCCAGCUGCAGGAAGGAGUCUGGCGCCCUGGAAUUGAGGCCCAAUCUCACCAUGGACGGCCAGCCUGACUGCCUUCUUGCAGCCCUGCUGGCCAUAACUGGCCUUUCCUCCUCCCCACGUUUCCCCAGGGUCAGGGCCUAGAUGAGCAUUCUUGGGCUGCCCUGGGCUAUGCCUCCCUUGGGGCUUAGGAGGGGCAGGGAGUAAUCUCAGAUGCUUGGGCACCAGCAUAGGACCCAUAGACAGGAGAUUCUAGGUGCCCAGCUGAUUGCUGGGCCUCAGGCUAGGUACCAACGUGUCCCCCAGGUUUGCAGUUUGGUAAGCCCCCCCAGUCCCCUUAGAGUGGGCACCUUGGCACCUUACCAAUGUGUGUGCCAAACUCCAGCCCCACUGGGGCAGCUAUCCCCGGAGGAACAGAAGGACAAGCAGCCCAGCCCUUCCUCUUCAACAUGGUCACCCUGUCCCACACCUCCACAUGCUGCAAACACCCCACUGAGUCAGAAGCAGCCUGGCACUACCAGCUGCACCCCUGCUAUAUCAGCAGGUGCCCUGCACCCCCCCCCCAUGUGAAUGUGAUUGCCUUAACUUGGCAGGUGAUAAACACCUCCCACCCCUACUGCCCACUGCCCUGGGGGUGCUGACCCCAGCUCUUAUGGUCUCCACCUUUCCCACUGCAGCCUGUCCUUGAGUGCCAGAAAGCCAGGCAAGGCUGGGUAUGGCACCCAGACAUGCAGGGUCACCCUGACACUGGUGCCUGCCAGCCUGGGCUCUUUGGGCCUGGGUGGGCUCUCUGCCCUUGCUCUCCUGGAACCUAGCACCCACCUCUCCAGGGGGUGGUCACAGGCGAUGUAAAUGCCACAGUCAGAGGGAAACAGGAAUCCUGAGAGCCCACUCCAGGGGUGGGGGAUGCAGUCAGGAGAUGGGGGCAGCCCCUGAAGAUACCCCUCCCCAUACCUCCCCAUGCCUGCUGUAUGACCCAAGGUCACCUCAACUCCUGACUGAAUCUUGAAUGGCAGAGGCCAAGUGGAGGCCAGGCCCAGCCUCCCACUGAACCCCUUCCAGCCUGAGGAACCACCCAGAGGGGGUGUCUCAGCUCCCCUCAAGUCCCUUCUCUCCUCUCCCACUGUACUGUGAAUGUCCUGUGACUCAGCACAAAGGCAGAUAAUAUAUUUAAUUCAUGUGCGGAAAAGAGCAAGCAGUCUCAUGUGGAAAAGUUGGUUCUGAGAGAGUAAUGCCAAAGACAGAGGAUCCAAGGCCCUUCUCGGGCAACUGAGUGUGGGUGGGGUGUGUUUGUAUGUGUGCAUACAUGUAUAUAUAAAGUGGAGAGAGAGUU